CCCUCAUCUCAGUGGAUCUGCAUCACUGUCAGCAAGCGGGGAACUUCAAGCCACGAACUGGAUCAAGAGCUCAGUCAGGUUCUCACCAAUACCCGUUACCAAUUAAUACUUCUAGAAACUCCUGUUCAAAUAUGGAGCCCUGGCACCACACAGCGACACAAAUCCUGGAGAACAUUCGCUCUGGUAAUCUCACAGUUGAGCAGUAUGCUUCAUCACUGCUUGAGCGAAUCAAGCAACGAGAUGACGAUGUCAAAGCUUGGGCAUAUCUUGACCCAAAAGCUGUUUUGGAACAGGCGAGAGCAUUAGAUCAAAUGCCAAAGGAUCAGCGAGGACCACUGCAUGGCCUUCCUGUUGGGAUCAAGGACAUCAUAUUGACCAAAGAUAUGCCGACCGAACAUGGUUCAACUAUCUAUAAGAACGAUCAUCCCGUAAUCGACGCCGGAUCGGUCAUGGUUCUCCGUCAAGCAGGAUGCCUCAUCUUCGGUAAAACUACAACAACCGAGUUUGCCGCAUCCUUCACGGGUCCAGCUACUCGCAAUGCACAUAGUACCGCUCAUACCCCAGGAGGCUCCUCAGCCGGUUCAGCCGCCGCAGUAGCAGACUUUCAGAUCCCCGUUGCUCUUGGUUCACAAACUGUAGGCUCCAUUGUUCGACCAGCUGCAUUCAACGGCAUCUACGGUUUCAAGCCAACAUGGGGAGCUAUCACGAGAGAGGGACAGAAGUUCUGUGCUCCAACUGUUGAUACUAUUGGCUUCUUUUCCCGAAGCGUUUCGGAUUUUGAGAUACUAAGUGACGUGUUUGCUUUACACGAUGACGAGAACAGCACGUUUGAUAAUAUCAAAGGUUUGAAAUUUGCUGCAUGUCGGACGUCGAAGUGGGAUUUGGCUGGAGAGGGCACGAUCGAGGCUAUGGAUAAAGCUGUAGAGCUUCUCAAAGCACAUGGCGCCGAAGUUGAACAGCUUGAUCUCGGUCCAGACUUUGACCAAGUCAUUGACUGGCACUUGACCCUCGUGCGCCUUGAGGGUGCAACGAGCCUGUGGCCAGAGUAUUAUCAAGACAAAGAUAAGCUUGAUCCAGUGUUGGCUAAAGGUGUUCAAGAGAAGCACAAAAUCUCACGAAAAGCCCAGCUCGAUGCUUAUGAUGGGCUUGCAGCUCUACGACCCCGGUUCGAUAAGAUGGCAGAUAAGUAUGUCGCUGUGCUAGUUCCGAGUGUCUUCGACGAAGCUCCUGAAGGCCUUGGAAACACAGGAAGCCCUGUUUUUGCAGCGACAUGGACGGCGUUACAUACACCAGUGGUCAAUAUUCCAGGUUUUCGUGGGAAGAGUAACUUACCAGUUGGAGUUUCUCUUGUGUGUGCGAGACUUCGUGAUCGUCACCUCCUCAAGGUGAGCGAGGCGGUUGGUCACAUCUUCGAGGCAGAGGGUGGGUGGAAUAGGCAGUCUAGGUCAGGUUAGUCACCUGGCCAGUCGUUGUCAUCCCAAGAGUCUUCUUGCAAGGUUAGUAUGAAAUCUUCUGAAAUAUUCAGUUCUCCUUCAUAGGGGUGUCAAGGGGGAUGCAUGAUAGGAAGUCUUGUUGCUUGUCUAAUCUAUGUGCCUAUUUGAACAGUAAAUAUGAAGUCGUCCCGUCUAUCGUCGAUGAUCAUCCUCCUCAUCGUCAGACCCUAUCAAGAACUCCUCUUCCCUCCUCAAUUCUUCCAUCGGGAUAUCAUCAUUCUUCAGUUUCGUGUAAACCCGUCUCUGCCUCCACGUCUUCAGCCUUCUAACUCCGUACACAACUGCAAGCACAAACGCCGACAUCAUCACGGCCAUGAUCCCCAGA